AAUAAAGUGAAUUUUCUUAUAGCUUUACAUUAAUACACUUACACCAUGCAAAUAUUUUAUGUAUUUACUUUGGUGUUGGUAGUGUUAGCAUCUUUUUAUCCUUUGUCCAGUGCCCAACAAAGUUGUAACUUAAGCAAUUGUAGUCGUGCAAAUGUUGAAAUAUGUACCACAAAUGGUCGACAGUGUAGACGUUUUUCUAAUGAAUGUUCUUUAGUAAGUGCAAAUUGUAAUGCCACAUUAGCAACAGUAUGGAAUCAAACGGAUACGAUACAAUGCUCAAACUUAAGUGUAAAUGCAACGGGUGCCUGCUCUUGUCCAGCAUUAAGAACUUGUUCAAAUCAAACGACAGCCACAGGAAUUUGUGUACAUCGAGAUGGUCAUACAUGUCGUUUAUUUAGAACAGAAUGUGAUUUGGUUAGAGCUCGUUGUAAUAGAGAAGUUUGGCGCAAUAUUGAUAUCAUGCAAUGUCGUGGUUUUUCAUUCAAUCAGACUAGAACUUGUACUUGCCCUAAAAGUUUAUUAUGUUCUCGAAACGAAACACAACUUUGUGUUGCAACUAGUGCAAACAAUUGCCGCUUGUAUGGUAAUGAAUGUGAUCUAGAAGGCGAUAGAUGUCAGGGACAAAGAUUAACGGAUGUCAACAAUUUACAUUGUCAAAGAUUUGAAGUGGGUGCUAAUGGUACUUGUACUUGUCCAAAUCUGCUUAAUUGCCAACGAAAUGUCACCGAUAUAUGUGUAAGAAAUGCUGCCAAUCGAUGUCAAUUAAUGACCAGUCAAUGUGAUUUGGAACUUCAAAGAUGUAGAGGAACUUCUUUAAUUAACACUUUGGCUGUACAGUGUCGCAACAUAAGAUCUGGCGAGACGGGUGAUUGUGCUUGUCCCUCUUUGGUAACCUGUUCUGCAAAUCGUACAAAUAUUUGUGUACGCACCAGAGUAGGCUGCCGUAUUAAGACAAAUGAAUGUGAAUUGGAACGUUCUAGGUGUUUGGGAGAAGUGGUCACCCCUAUUGCCCAAAUACAAUGUAGAAAUCUUACACCCGGUGCUGGUGGACCUUGUGCUUGUCCGCGUUUGGAAACUUGCAGUCGUAAUGUUACCAAUAUUUGUAUAAGAUCAGAAAGUGGAUGCAUGUUAUUAAGCAGUGAAUGUGAUUUGGAACAGGCACGUUGUGAGGGAAGAAAUUUUACGAUUGUUGAUGCUAUUCAGUGUGCUAACUUUACCGCAAAUCAACUGAGAAAUUGCUCUUGUCCCAAUAUGGGAAUUUGCUCUGCCAACUCGCCUAAUUUGUGUGUUACCCUGUCUUCUUCGCAAUGUCGACUUAUGCCAAAUCGAUGUGAAUUGGAAAAGGCCAGAUGUCAAGGAGAAGCUCUUAACAUCACUAGUCCCUUACAAUGUCGGGGCUUACGGCUAAACGUCACAAGUAACUGUUUCUGUCCACGUCUUACAAGCUGUUCCAGAAACACCACCAACAUAUGUGUACGGGAGAAUAGUAAUGCUUGUACUCUAAUGAGAAACGAGUGUGAAUUAGAAGAAGCGAUAUGUGAAGGCAGAGACAUAACAAGAGUAGAUAAUAUACAUUGUAGAAACUUAACGUCUAACGUCAGAGGUACAUGCUAUUGUCCCAAUUUGGCAACAUGUAAUCGUAAUUCGCCAAGUAUUUGUGUCAUAAACGCAACACAAUGUCUUCUGAUAAGAAACGAAUGUGAAUUGGAACAAGCUAAAUGUGAAGGAAAUAAUCUCAUAACAACACACGCGGCUCAGUGUUUAAAUUUUGGAAUAAAUCAACAAAGCAACUGCAGCUGUCCCAAUUUAUUAACGUGUUCCCAGAACUCCACUCGCAUAUGUAUAAGAACACGUGCUGGCUGUAAGCUUUUAGCAACACAAUGUGAAUUAGAGGAAGCCAGAUGUAGAGGAGAAGCCUUAAGAACUAUGGAUCCCAUUUACUGUCAGGGUUUUCGAAAUCAAGAAGAGCGUGAAUGUUUCUGUUCCAAUUUGGAAACAUGCUCACGCAAUACCACUAAUAUAUGUGUAAGAAAUUCCGCAACGAAUUGUACUUUAUUAAGGAAUGCUUGUGAUUUGGAAGAGGCUAGAUGUCGGGGUCAAGCUCUUACAAUUGUACAGAAUUUGCAAUGCCGAAAUUUUACCUCUAAUACUUCCCGCACAUGUAUGUGCCCCAAUUUAUUUAACUGUUCCACAAAUGCCACUAGUAUUUGUGUAAAACUUAGAGCAGGUUGUAAAUUGUUAAGAAAUCAAUGUGAAUUGGAAAAUGAAAGAUGUCAAGGACCUGUUCAAACUAUGUCACCUUUACACUGUUUGGGUUUUACAAUUGGCCAAACACGCCAGUGUUCUUGUCCGCAAUUGAAGACCUGCUCUCGUUCUGAUGCCAAUAUUUGUGUAAAAACUAGCACAGGUUGUAGAAUAAUGAGAAAUGAAUGUGAAUUGGAACAAUUGAGAUGUAUGGGUCAAGAUCUUAGAGUUUUACCAGCUAUACAGUGUAAACGUUUGCAGGCGGGCACAGAGGGUCCUUGUGCAUGUAAUAACUGGUUAAAUUGUGAACGAAAUUCAAGUAGUGUUUGCAUAAAUACGCGUCUAGGUUGUAGAUUGCUGCAAAAUCAAUGUGAUUUAGAAGAGAGGAGAUGUCGUGGAGAAGUAUUCAAUGUCACCACCACAUUGCAGUGCCAAGGUUUCUUACCGGGUCAAUUAAGAAAUUGUGCUUGUCCCGAUCUGAAAACAUGUUCGCGCAAUAACUCCACCAUGACCUGUGUUCGAAAUCAGAGUAAAUGUAAACUUAUGGCAAAUUCUUGUGAUUUGGAAAUGGCAAAAUGUAGAGGAGAAAGAUGGUGCACAGCAGAUUUGGAAGAAUGUAAAAAUUUCACUAUAGGACAACAGGCUACAUGUAGCUGUCCUCGCUUACAGACCUGUUCUCGUGAAAAUACAACCAAUGUUUGUGUAAACUUAAGAGGAGCCUGCAGGUUAAUGAGAAACCAAUGUGAACUGGAAAAGGCCAGAUGUAAGGGACAAGCCUGGAGACCUACCGACUCUAUACAGUGUCAAAAUUAUAGACCUAAUGAAUGGCGUUGGUGUGCCUGUCCCCGUUUGCUUAAUUGUUGCAAUCGUUUACUACCGUUUUGUGUCAAAGGACCUAAUGGUUGUAAAAUAAUGGGUACAGAUUGCGAAUUGCAAAUGGCCAGAUGUAGGGGAGAAGUUUGGUCUAGGACCGAUGAUCUACAGUGCAAAGGUUUAGAAUUGGGUCAGCGUGCUCAAACAUGUCGUUGUCCCAAAUUGGAAACUUGCCAACAAACAUCUAUAACAAACACAUCCACACAAGUUUGUGUAAGAAAUAUUAAGGGUUGUAAACUCUUACGCAACGAUUGUGAAUUAGAACGAUCUCUUUGUAGUGGUGAAGUUUGGCAACCUGUUGAUAAUUUGCAAUGCCUCAACUUUCCUCUACACUCUACAAGAUCCUGCCGUUGUCCUGCUUUAGAUACUUGCUCCAAUACUACAAGGGUUUGUGCAAAAACAUUGCAGAAUCAAUGUUAUAAUUUCAGAUCAGAAUGUGAUUUGAGGUGGGCUGAGUGUGAGGGCAAACAAUUAUCCCUCACUGUACCUCAAAGAUGUGACGGCAUACGAUUAGAUGAUUACGAUGAAUGCAAAUGUCCAGAGAGUCUUAACUGCAAUCGCAGACAGCGUGUGUGUGCACGCAGGGGUACACAAUGUCGACUUUUUAGGAGUGAUUGUGAUUUUAGAACAUCUUCCUGUCGAGAUGAAACUUGGCGUCGCACCUCCCUAGGUAAUUGUUGUGAUUUUCAAGUCAAUGACGUUAAAAAUUGUACUACAGCCUUAAAUUCGGCUAUUUGUGGUGAAGCCUCACAUAAUCGAUGUCGUUUAUUUGCAUCAAGAUGUGAUUUUAAUAGAGAAAAUUCUAAAAGUAAUAAUGAAUGGUCCUUAGUUGAACGUUCCAAUUGUAGAUGUUUACGUAGUGGUCGCACUGGUAGGUGUACUAGACGCUUUGUCUGUAAACCACCCACUCCACGUACACGUAGAGUUUGUGGUCGUCAUGGCUUGACUUACCAGAUGUUUGAGUCUCAGUGUCAUUUAAGGUUACACAAUUAUCAAAGAUGUACCAAUUUUAGACCGGUUCGUGCCAGGCUUUGUCGCAGAAAUGAUCACUAAUUUUAUUAUGUUGAAUAAAAAAUUUAAAAACAAAUAAAGUCGAACUAUAU